UCUCACAUGACUUUUCCGUGUGAGGAGCUUCGCCCCAGUGUUUAGUCGCUGCAGAGGUCCCGCGAGACUCCCUCCCUGCCGCCCGUCACAGCAGCUGCCGGAGACCCCGCUCUCUCUCUCUCUCCUGUCGGUUGGCCCUGUCCGCGCGCGCUGAGCACGGUUAGCCGGGGACCAUGGUGAAGCUAGAAGCUGCCGGGAAGCGGAGACUCGGGGAGUGCGCCCGGGGUCUGACACUGCUCGCUCUCAUCAGUCUUUUUCAGACUGCAUCCUCUAUUCGAUUUGAAGUAAAAAAUGGAAGCAAUGCUUGCAUAAUUGCAGAUCUAUCUAUUAAUUUUACAGUUGAAUACAAAGCACUUAAACAGGAGAAAAUUACUUUUCCAUUGCCAAGCGAUGCAAAAGUAGGUGUACAAAGCACUUGUGGCAAUGCAACCAUCUCACCAAGUUUAACCAUCCAGUUUGGAGCGAAUCACUCCCUGAGCAUAAAUUUUAAAAAAGACUCUCAACGCUAUGAAGUCGUUGAAUUGAUUUUUGUAUAUAACUUAUCAGACACUAGCCUGUUCCCAAAUGCAACAGAAAAUGGAACAAAGACGGCGACUUCAAAUAGUACUUCAAUUUUUGCCAAAACUGAUACAGCGUAUAAAUGCUCUAAUCCACACCUCAUUGUGAUGGAAGCCGUCAACGCUACAUUUCAUGAUAUUAAACUUGAAGCCUAUUUGACGAAAAAUAAUUACAGUGAAAAUGUAACUCCAUGCUCUGAGGAUAUUUUACCAACGACUGCCAAAACACCGACGACUCGCCAACCAACUACUGCAGCACCAACACCUACACCAAGUGAAAUUCCUAAACAAGGAGAUUACACUUUUAAUGGGUCAUCUGGUCCCUGCAUACUUGCUAAAAUGGGCUUGCAGCUUAACAUCUCCUACAGUAAAAGUGAUGGCAAGGAAGUUAAAUCUGUCGUCAAUAUUGAUCCAAGCGGUGUUAAUGUGAAUGGAUCCUGCAGUAAUAGUUCAGCAACUUUAUUACUAGUUUCUGCUACAGCAAAUCUCUCCCUUCACUUUGUACUGAAUUCCACCAAAUAUUACCUUGAAGGUGUAGCACUAAACACAAUCCUGCCUCCGGAUGCAAAAGAUCAUGUUUUAAAUGCCAGUAAUUCCAGCUUGACCUACUUUGAGACAGCCACUCGAAAGUCCUUCAAGUGCAAGUCUAAACAGGCUCUCGAAAUAACAAAUAAUUUUACCCUAAACACCUACGACCUUCAGAUUCAGCCGUUUGAUGUGAAUGGAGACAAAUUUGGACCUGCUGUGGAAUGUGUACAAGAUGAGAAUGGCAUGCUGGUACCCAUUGUAGUUGGUGCUGCCCUAGCUGGACUUGUUUUGAUUGUAUUAAUCGCCUAUCUCAUUGGACGAAAGAGGAGCCAUGCUGGAUAUCAGACAAUAUAAUUUAAUACCUCCAACACGUGUCAUGUUACUAGUCUAGCUCAACAGAUCGCAUUGAAACAGUCAUUUAUGAUUAGAAAUAAUUGUGUGUUCACAGAAUGAAAUGCUCUGAUAUUUUAAGAGAACUCCUGUUUUAUUGCGUUUGUUGACUAUGCAACCGAAAUUAUCAUGCUCAAUUUGUGUUUAAAAAUGAAGAAAAAAUCAUCAGAAUAAGAAAUCAAAUGUUUCACCUCAAUUGGUUAGAUCAGGGAUAGGCAACCUUCGGCUCUGCAGAUGUUUUGGACUACACCUCCCAUGAUGCUUUGCCAGCAUUAUGUGUGUAAGAGCAUUAUGGGAGAUGUAGUCCACAACAUCUGGAGAGCCGAAGGUUGCCUAUCCCUGGGUUAGAUGAAUGAGAUGUUAUGCUGCUUUCUUCUAAGAGAGCGCAGUAUAAAACUUUCCCAGCGGUUCUCAUUCCGUAACAAUGUAUAGUUAUUCACACUUUCAUACUUAAAGGGAAUUUGUUCUGUAUUACAGUAAAUACGUUUUGCGGAUCACUCUGCAUUUUAGAUUUAGAAAGUAAAUUACUGACAUCAAACUAAAUGCAACCACUUGCAGGGUAUUGUGUUUCUUCUAUCUUUUUCUGAAGCUUACAUUCUCAUUUAGCUAUAAAUAAGCAAAUGCCACACUUGUGCAGGGCAUUAACAAUGUAAUAUUAAAAUGACUUUGAAUUCUUGUUUGCUGUUCUUGAUGCUCUGCUUUUUCAGAGCCAUUAAUUUUGUAAAAAAUAUUAAAAAUGGGUGUCAUUUCUUAGGGUUUUCCCCAAAUGUUGCAUUUUCUUUCCUUUUUGAAGUUUCAGGUUUGGAUGAUAUCUUUGCGCACAUGUACAGUAUAGAUAAGUAUAUGCUGAUUGCCUAGCUUUAUGCCUGGUUGGGGUUGUAAAGUUCAAGAAAUGUUUGCAUUGCCUUAACAAUGCUAAUAAAAACCCUGUUUUCUUUA